GCUAGAUUGUUGACCAGUCAAGAGCAACAUUCAAGCUCAUCUGAAAUACUCUGUUGUUUGCAUUUCUGCAAUUCUUGAACGCUACCCUGCUGACCACGUGUUGUGUGGAAUGGUCACCUGACUCUGAUCACGUGGUGUGUGGAAUGGUCACCUGACUCUGACGCGUCCUGGAGGAGGAACGAGGAAGAGGAGAGAAGAUGGAAGGCAACAGGGACGAGGCUGAAAAAUGUAUAAAAAUCGCCACAAGGGCACUGGAUGCAGGCGACAGAGAGAAAGCACUGAAGUUUCUCUACAAAGCAGAGAAGCUGUAUCCAACUGACACAGCCAAAGAUUUGUUGGAUGCAUUGACGAAAAAUGGGAGCUCUGCAGGAAAUGGUGCUUAUCGCAGGAGACCAGCAGACCAUUCACAAGGUGCUGGUGCACAGCCAGAAAGCGAGAACCACGAACAAGGGGGCCCGGAGACAAAGGGCUUCACCAGGGAGCAGGUGGAAGGGGUUCAAAGGAUAAAACGGUGUAAGGAUUUCUAUGAUGUCCUUGGUGUCAGCAAAGAUGCCAGUGAAGAUGAGCUAAAGAGAGCUUACAGAAAACUAGCCCUGAAGUUUCAUCCAGAUAAAAACCAUGCUCCAGGAGCCACUGACGCCUUUAAAAAGAUUGGUAAUGCUUAUGCAGUACUCAGUAACGCAGACAAACGCCGGCAGUAUGAUGUGUCCGGCGGGGAGGAGCCCAGUGGCACCAGUCACACAAACGGAGGAGGCUUUGAUUUCCACAGAGGCUUCGAGGCCGACAUCACCCCGGAAGACCUUUUCAAUAUGUUCUUUGGAGGCGGAUUUCCUUCGUCAAGUCCACAUACUUUUAGCAAUGGCAGAUCUAGUUACAGUCAUCACACAAACAGGCAUGAAAGAACAAACGAUAGAGGAGAUGGAGGUUUUUCAAUGUUCAUUCAGAUCAUGCCAGUCUUAGUCCUAAUUUUAGUGUCAGUACUUAGUCAGAUGAUGGUUUCUCCUUCACCAUACAGUCUCUAUGCUAGACCGUCCACAAGUCAGACCAUAAAGCGACAAACAGAAAACCUACAUGUCGACUAUUAUGUCACAAAAGAGUUCAAGUCUGACUUCAAAGGCUCCGCGCUACAGCAGAUAGAGAAAAGUGUUGAAGAAGACUAUGUAUCAAAUGUCAGAAAUAAUUGUUGGAAGGAGCGACAGACAAAAACAGACCUGCUGUAUGCUGCUAAGGUCUACAGGGACGACCGCAUGCGCAAGAAAGCAGAACUCAUGACCAUGGAUAACUGCAAGGAGUUAGACAGAUUAAAUAAUAUUUUUAGGGGUGGAUGAGCUGGACUCUAAUGAAGUGAAUGUGAAUAGAUGUUUAUUUAAUAUACCGGUAUAUAUUUUUUCUUUUCCUCCAAGAACAUCUUAAUACUAGAAGCAAAUACAUAAUGAACUUAUGUAGUUCUAGUUGCAUUUUUUAAUACUUUUUUCUGCUAUUACAUUUCUUCCAUCAUCAAAAACGGCAUUAUCAGAUCUCACUGAAACCUCUUGAUACUGAGAGCCGAUUUUGUCUACUGCUUUUUUUUUUUUUUUUAUGAAAAUGAGAACUGGAUUCUAGGUAGUGCGUUCCAAGCGUGGGAAAUGGCAGAUUAUGAAUGAUUGACAGGUUUGUAGUUUUCCACACUAUGCCCAGAAAGCAUAAGCAAGCAUGAAAUAAAACGGAUAUAUCCCUUAAAGUGGAUCAUUUUAUCAGUCCUCUGUGUACAUAUAAAUGUUUUUGUUUAGCUGCACUGAAGAAGUGGAAAAGACAUGAAGGCUUUGGCUUCUCAAAUCAAGUGAAGACACAAUUUUACAUAGAAAUAAUUUUAUAUUUCCUUCAGAAUGUGUAUAACUGGGUCAGAUAAAUUAUUGUACAUUUUUGAAUGUUUUUGAAACUUUAUUUAAAUAACUAUAGAUGAACAUUUUAUUUAAUGCUUGUAUAAUCAUUUAAAUAAAGUGAAAGUUAGUACUAUAACACUUUCUUGUCUCAUAUAUUUAAGAAGUAACCACAGCCUAGUAUGGAAUAAAUGUAAAGAACAUUUCGCCCUAAAAUGCUUGUGGGCAAUCGUUUAGACCUAGAUCUGACUCCUGUGUUCAUGAAUUAAAACAUAAUAAAAGUUAGCUUCAGUUGAAAAACUC